UGCCUCCCCCGGUAUAAGGCAGCAGCGGGGCCGAGCCGGCCGAGCGGAGCUGCGGAGGUUCGGGCAGAGGAGGUGUGCGACAGCGGCAGCAUGCGUGAGUGCAUCUCCGUCCAUGUCGGCCAGGCCGGCGUCCAGAUGGGCAACACCUGCUGGGAGCUGUACUGCCUGGAGCAUGGCAUCCAGCCUGACGGGCAGAUGCCCAGCGACAAGACCAUCGGUGGAGGGGAUGACUCUUUCACCACCUUCUUCUGUGAGACCGGCGCCGGGAAGCACGUCCCGCGGGCCAUCUUUGUGGACCUGGAGCCCACUGUGAUCGAUGAGAUUCGAGGAGGGGUCUACAGGCAGCUCUUCCACCCUGAGCAGAUGAUCACUGGCAAGGAAGAUGCUGCCAACAACUAUGCCCGUGGGCACUACACUAUUGGCAAGGAGAUCAUCGACCAAGUGCUGGACAGGAUCCGGAAGCUGCGUGAGUGCAUCUCCGUCCACGUCGGCCAGGCCGGCGUCCAGAUGGGCAACACCUGCUGGGAGCUGUACUGCCUGGAGCAUGGCAUCCAGCCUGACGGGCAGAUGCCCAGCGACAAGACCAUCGGUGGAGGGGAUGACUCUUUCACCACCUUCUUCUGUGAGACCGGCGCCGGGAAGCACGUCCCGCGGGCCAUCUUUGUGGACCUGGAGCCCACUGUGAUCGAUGAGGUGCGGGCUGGGAUCUACCGGCAACUCUUCCACCCUGAGCAACUCAUCACUGGCAAGGAAGAUGCUGCCAACAACUAUGCCCGUGGGCACUACACCAUUGGCAAGGAGAUCAUUGACCAAGUGCUGGACAGGAUCCGGAAGCUGGCUGACCAGUGCACGGGUCUCCAAGGCUUCCUCGUUUUCCACAGUUUUGGAGGUGGCACUGGCUCAGGAUUCACCUCCCUGCUGAUGGAACGACUCUCCGUUGACUAUGGCAAGAAGUCCAAGCUUGAGUUCUCCAUCUACCCAGCCCCACAGGUUUCCACCGCCGUGGUGGAGCCCUACAACUCCAUCCUCACCACCCACACGACCCUGGAGCACUCGGACUGUGCCUUCAUGGUGGACAACGAGGCCAUCUACGACAUCUGCCGCAGGAACCUGGACAUCGAGCGCCCAACCUACACCAACCUCAACCGCCUCAUCAGCCAGAUUGUCUCCUCCAUUACUGCCUCUCUGAGGUUCGAUGGGGCACUCAAUGUUGACCUCACUGAGUUCCAGACCAACCUGGUGCCCUACCCUCGCAUCCACUUCCCCCUGGCUACCUACGCCCCUGUCAUCUCUGCAGAAAAAGCCUACCAUGAGCAGCUGUCGGUGGCCGAGAUCACCAACUCGUGCUUUGAGCCGGCCAACCAGAUGGUGAAGUGCGACCCUCGGCACGGCAAGUACAUGGCGUGCUGCCUGCUGUACCGCGGGGACGUGGUGCCCAAGGACGUCAACGCCGCCAUCGCCACCAUCAAGACCAAGCGCAGCAUCCAGUUUGUGGACUGGUGCCCAACUGGUUUCAAGGUGGGCAUCAACUACCAGCCGCCCACGGUGGUGCCGGGGGGAGACCUGGCCAAGGUGCAGCGCGCCGUCUGCAUGCUGAGCAACACCACGGCCAUCGCCGAGGCCUGGGCGCGCCUGGACCACAAGUUCGACCUGAUGUACGCCAAGCGCGCCUUCGUGCACUGGUACGUGGGCGAGGGCAUGGAGGAGGGGGAGUUCUCCGAGGCGCGGGAGGACAUGGCCGCCCUGGAGAAGGAUUACGAGGAGGUGGGCCUGGACUCCUACGAGGAUGAAGAGGAGGGCGAGGAGUAGAGCGGCCGCCUGGCGGAGGACCGUGCUGCUUUUCCUGUGUCACCUGCAGAAACCCAUUGCAAUAAAUCAUUUGAGAACUUCCGUGUC